UCCAGCGGCUCUGGUAGGGACUCCGGGGACCAUGGCUCGGCUGCGGGUUCCCACGGCGGCCCUGGUGGCUGCGCUCCUGUUCACUUUCGCCACCGCCUCCAGCUCCACCCGCCCGAGGAGCAGGGAGAGUCAGGGGGCGUCGCGGAUCCCUCCCCAGUUCAACGAAGAGGAGCAAGUGGCUAUUAAAGAGGCGCUGAAAGGUGCCAUCCAGAUUCCAACAGUGUCUUUUAGCCAUGUGGAAUCCAACACCACAGCCCUGGCUGAAUUUGGAGAAUACAUACGGAAAGUCUUUCCUACAGUGUUCAGCACCAGUUUUAUCCGUCAUGAAGUCGUGGGGAAGUACAGCCACCUGUUCACUGUACAAGGCUCAGAUCCCAGUUUGCAGCCCUACAUGCUGAUGGCUCACUUUGACGUGGUCCCUGCCCCUGAAGAAGGCUGGGACAUGCCCCCAUUCUCAGGCCUGGAGCAUGAUGGCUUCAUCCAUGGCCGGGGCACUCUGGACAACAAAAACUCUGUGAUGGCAAUCCUGCAGGCCGUGGAGCUCCUACUGAUCAGGAACUACAGCCCCAGAAGAACUUUCUUCAUUGCUUUGGGACAUGAUGAGGAAGUGUCUGGGACAAAAGGGGCUCAGAAAAUUUCAGCUCUCCUACAGGCAAGGGGCAUCCAGCUGGCUUUCCUUGUGGAUGAAGGAAGCUUUAUUUUUGAACAUUUCAUUCCAAGCCUCAAGAAGCCCAUUGCCAUGAUUUCAGUCUCAGAGAAGGGUGCACUUGACCUCAUGCUGCAAGUAAACAUGACUCCAGGCCACUCUUCAGCUCCCCCAAAGGAGACAAGCAUUGGCAUCCUCUCAGCUGCCAUCAACCGACUGGAGCAGACACCAAUGCCAAACAUGUUCGGAAGUGGGCCAUUGAAGAUGACGGUGGAGCAACUGGCAAAUGAGUUUCCUUUCCCUACCAAUAUAAUCUUGAACAACCUGUGGCUAUUUCGUCCCCUUGUAAGCAGGCUAAUGGAGAGGAACCACAUAACCAAUGCACUGGUCAGGACCACCACAGCCCUCACCAUGUUCAAUGCAGGGAUCAAGGUGAAUGUCAUCCCCCCACUGGCUCAGGCUACAAUCAACUUCCGAAUUCACCCUACACAGACAGUGCAUGAGGUCCUAGAACUUGUCAAGAACAUUGUGGCUGAUGACCGAGUCCAGUUACAUGUGUUACGAGCCUUUGACCCCCUGCCCAUCAGCCCCUCUGAUGACCAAGCCUUGGGCUACCAGCUGCUCCAACAGACCAUACAUUCCGUCUUCCCAGAAGUCACUGUUGUUGUUCCUGGUAUUUGUAUUGCUAAUACAGACAGCCGACACUAUACCAACCUCACCAAUGGCAUCUAUCUGUUCAACCCUGUCUACCUACAGCCUCAGGCCUUCAGUAGUAUCCAUGGAACCAAUGAGAAGAUCUCAGUCCAAGCAUAUGAGACCCAGGUGAAGUUCAUCUUUGAGUUGAUCCAGAAUGCUGACACCGACAGGAAGCCAGUUCCUCACCUGCAUGAACUAUGAGGGGUGGAAUUGGUUGAGUGGUUACACUUCCAGCUGGAGGCAGUUGCUCAAACCCACUGUUAUUCUGUGAUCCUGAAUCACCUACAUCCCACUGAUUACUUAUUUAAUCCUCGGAACAACUACUGUGGUGUGAGUGUGUUCCCCAAAAUUCACAUGUUGAAACCUUAAUCAUAUGAGAAUGGUAUUCAGAGGAAUACCAAAUGAAACUAACCAACUAUAGUGGAUAGUGAUUAGGAUUAGACAUGGCCAUCAGGCAGAGCCCCAUGUUUGACUUACUGGUAGCUUUUUAAGAAGAGAAUUUGAGGAGAUAGACAUUUAACCUGAUUUAAACAUUGUACAAUGAAUACAUGUAUCAAAACAUCAUAUGGUACCCCAUUAGAAUAAAGAUGAAGAGAAAAAGACCAGAAGACAGACAAAUUCAUACACACAUUAUCUGUCCUUGAUAUGUGAUAGACUGUGCUACCUUUGGACCCCAGCAAGAAGACCUUCACCAGAAGGCAAACCAAAGCUCCCCACCACAUGAUCUUGAAGCUCCACAACUGUGAGCCAAAAUAAACCUCCUUUCUUUAUAACUCA